UGCCACACACACCACUCUCACACAUUUAUGGCAGAUUCUAAACCAUUGAUGCUGCUAUUCUAACCAAGGCUUAGGUGCGGUAGAUUUUGUAUUUGUUUGCCAAGGAUAUAAAGUCUGAAGGAGCCAACGUUACCAAUGGCUCAAAUACGCAUGAACAUGCGAGGGACACUUGCUUCGCCGGCGCUGACCGGGCUGCUGGCCGUGCUGCUGCUCGGCGUGGGCGUCUGCUACCUGUGGGCCGAGUCGCGCGUCUCCGAGCUGCAAGACCAGCUCGAGCUGGUGACGCUACUGCAGGAGCGUGCCGAGCAGACGGUCACCAAACUCGAGGACGAGGCGCAGGGCCUCAAGAGCCGCUCCCUAGAUGAUCAGAGCAAGGUCAAGCAAACCUCCAACGACCUCUCCAUAUGCCAGAGCAACCUGCAGUCCAACAUAGAUGAGAUGAGCAAGCAAAAGGAACAGGUUGCAGAACUGGACAAGUUGAAGGAGCAUACUACUGCCCUGGAGGCAGAAAAGAACAAGGUGGAGGCUGACCUUGACGCUGCUAAGAAGGACUGUGGUGCCCAGAUAAGUACCAUCCAACAAGAGAACGCACAAUGCCAGAAGCAGAAGACUGAUAUGCAGGCUGACUAUGAAGAAAGAAUUAAGCAGCUGACAAACAAAAAGAAUGAAGUAAAAGAAACGGAAAAAGCCGCCCCUAAGCCUUAGAAGAAGAAGAAUCCUCCACAAACAAGGCCUCAUCUUACAGGGCCCGAGGAAGAACGUGCUCAGCAGCCGGACCAGCAUCAUGGUGUUUGUGUCCAAAUGCCCUUCCAUUGCAACAAUGGUCAAUUCCCUUUGUUGCCGAUUGCAAUAGAACAUAUUAUUAACCUCUGCUGAUGAGCACUGGUCACCUGAAAAAAUGCAAAUCUACACAAUCAAUCUGAGCAAUUACAUUUUUAGAACAUCAAGUUACCAAGCACGCUUUAUAAUAACCCAAAUCCAUCAGCAAUUGCUGCAUAAUUUCAAAAUGAACAUUUUAUGUUCAGGAUAUUCCGGCGUCUGUAUAUUUUUGUGGGCUUUUUUGAUAAUCCACUUCUAAGUGUGAAGUUUGUUAAUUAAUACAUCUUCGUGUUGAGUUUCUAUGUGAAAUUUAACCUCCACAUAAAUAAUAAACGUUUAACUUAAUGUUUUUAGCAGUUUUCAUUUUUGAGGUCUAGCAGGGGCUUAUGUGAAUUACUGUAAGGAAAUUAUUCAUAGGCUGUUUUAUAAGCUCAACAUUUGGGAUGAGCACUCUCAACUAUUCUGCAAUGACGUUUUCAUUAGUAUUUGCUUGCAACUUAGUUCCAGCUAGUUUGUGUUUUUAUGAAUAUAAUGACCAGUCAAUACUUCUUAGUUUGCAAUAUUCCAAAAGAACGUACUUUUUUAUAUGCAUCAAAAAGUGUGUUUGUGAAAAAAAUGAAUUUUAGGGUUUUCUUUUCAUUGAUCAAUUAACCCAGGUUGGUAGAUCAUCACCAUGCCAAGUUGGUUUUAUAUCAGUGUUAUGCCAUACAUUGAAAAUUCAGUCAUUUUAAAUUGGACACUUUAAAAAAAUCCUGUGAAAUAUUUAAAAAAAGGGAGUGGUGGGGCAGGAGGUUGCACCAAUGCGCUACAACCCUGGCUCUUUCUGAGUUUUAUUCUUCGUCCACAGCUAACAUCGGUGGCGAAUCAAAUCUCAAUUUGUCCUGGGCCCCCUUCAUCCAUAUGCAUGGGCCAGUGUGAUAAAAUGUCCAAAAAACCCAAUUAUUGACAUGGCCUAGGGAAGCGUUAAUCCAGCAGUGGAUUGACAAAGCACUGAACAUUAUAUAUCUUUAUUUAACAUAUAUGCUUGAAUAUUUAACAUAUAUGCCUGAAUAUUUAACAUAUAUGCCUGAAGAUUAGAAUUGGCUGCAAUGGCACCCUGAGCCAGUGGUGUCCUGAAAGACAUUCCUUUACAACUGAUACAGAGCACUAGAUGGUUAUUUGAUUUUCUCACUGUGUAAAAUUUAUUCUUAGCUUUAUUAGUACUGUUAAAAGUCACAGUUUUUUCAGGGAACUAUUUGUUGUGUGGGGACAAAUUUCCUCAAUGGUCAGUAUAGCACUGGUAUGUAUUUUUAUAUUUAGAUUUUUUUUUUUACGUGCUGCUACCAACCCAAACUGGAAAUAUCUGAAAAAUAAUUUGUAAUAAUCUCUCAUUAGGAGAUGUGGUGUUAUGCUGUGUGGUGGGUUUAAAAUAUAAUGGUUGCUAAGGUGGGAUAUUGGUGAAUGAUCGAGGAUCAAUAAAUAUUUGUUAUACACA